AUGCAGGAUGCUCGCGAUACCCCGAAUCCCCAUUAUAUCAAGGACAUGGAUGCCAAAGUCCCUCAGCGGGGCUGUAAAAGCCUCCCGUCCGAGACAUCGCUUAGAGUCGAAAUGUUCGAACAUAGAGCAUACAACCUGGCGCGAGCCUUUGCAGAUGAGACCCCACUCUCGGAAGAGGACGGUUUAUCGUACAAUGGUUGGAUUGCAAAUUUCAGUCGGCUGCAAUUUGAGGUAUCUGUUCCAGAAUGGCUCAGGAAACAGGUUUCAGACUCUCCUGGAGAGCUUCGGGUGGAUGAUUAUUAUGACUCUCUGAAACAUGAGGUGCAGGUCCACGAACGCCUAGGCAGAAACGAAGGAAUUAUCUCGCCCACCUGCCCUUCUGAGUAUAGGAUUGGGGUGGCAUUCGCGAAAGAAAACAAUCUUGAGUGUUACCUCGGUAGCCACCCGGAGCGAGAAGAGUCCUUCAAGAUAAACUGGAUUCUCUCUCUCACCAAUACUUUAUCAUAUGUGCGUUCUCGCAGGAUUUUAUAG